CGGGGCGUUGCUUCGGGAGCGCGAGCGGCGUCCGUUGGUGAAGCCCGCGUGGCGGCGGCGACCGCGAGAGUCAGUCAGUGAGGGAGGGAGGGAGGCUCGAGAGCAGCAGCGAGGAUGGCGUCCAAAUGUCCCAAGUGCGACAAGACCGUCUACUUCGCCGAGAAGGUAACGUCGCUGGGCCGGGACUGGCACAAGUUCUGCCUGAAGUGUGAGCGCUGCAACAAGAUCCUAUCACCGGGCAGCCAUGCCGCGCACGACGAUAAGCCCUACUGCCACAAGCCAUGCUACGCCACGUUGUUCGGGCCAAAAGGUGUGAACAUUGGUGGUUUUGGCUCCUACAUCUAUGACCAGCCUGUUCUGGCAUCCAGCACACAGCCCGUGGCAGCUCCCGGAGACUCCGUGCCAAAGGCAACUGUGCCGAAAACCACGGCACCAGGACGGGGUCCGAGCAAAGCCUCAAGCAUGACCACAUUUGCUGGCGAGCCCAACAUCUGCCCCAGGUGUGAGAAGAAGGUUUAUUUUGCUGAGAAGGUGACGUCCCUGGGCAAAGACUGGCACCGGCCCUGCCUGCGAUGUGAACGCUGCAAUAAGACUCUGAAUCCAGGUGGACAUGCAGAGCAUGACGGACAGCCUUACUGCCACAAGCCCUGCUACGGAAUCCUGUUUGGACCAAAGGGUGUCAACACCGGAGUGGUCGGCAGCUACAUCUACGAGAAGGUGGAUGCGGCAGGGGAGCAGUGACAAGGAUGGCCGAUCCUGGGCCAAUCCGCCCAGUAUUGCUGAUGCACAGACACUGCGCUCGCUCGCGGCACAUGGCAGCAGUAGCUUAGAAAUCCUGAACUAGGCCCACCCCAGGUAUUAACUGUAGUUUGAACUGUAGUGUGCGUUGACUGACUAGUAUUUAAUGUAUGUGGGGGGGGGGGGGGGGGAGGAGAAGGAGGUGGGUCACUGCUUCCCCCAUCACUGGACUCUGAUCUUUCACGGGUGAAAGUGUUAAAGGAUUUUCCCGAAGGUCUUGCAGUGGAGAUUGGUGGGAAGCCUAAGGUAGUGCCUUGUGAAGAUGGUGGAUCGGUACGUGUCUCCCUCCCAGUAACACUGGCCUGCCAGUGACCUUGUAUUGAUCUGCGUGCAAUGCCUCUCCCAGGGUGAGACGCCUCCUCCUCUCCUUGUGAAGAGCUGUAUAACCUCAUCACCCCUCACCACGCGUCUUCACCCUCCCUCGUGAAACGCUGGGCCUCUAAUUACAGUAUUAUAUUCAGCAAAGUCCAGCUUUAAGAAUACGUCUUUUGUAAAUGUAGCCACAAAAUGAAGCUUCCUCCUGAUAUGCAUUUAAUGAGAGUUAAUCGGGUUAUCUUUUACUGAGAAUAAACAAUGCCAAACAU